UUGACCAAUCUUACUUUCCCUUCUCCUCGGACAGAUUAUAAACUGUGUCUUGUUUUGGGUGAGCCAUUUCAAAUUGAAAACCAAUUUAAAAGGUUGUAACAGAGAGACUGCCGCAGGAUGUCUGAGCCACAGAGAGAGCGCCUCAUCACAGCUCCCAGCGAGCAGACUGCAAUUAAUGUAGGAACUACAUCAGGAGGGUCAAACAAGAGGGCCUUCAAGAUAGCUGGUUUCACCCUCCUGGCCUGCCUGCUCAUUGCUGGUCAGGCUCUGACUGCCUACUUCAUCCUGGGCCAGAAGAACGACAUUAAAGACCUGCAGGAACAGAGCAACUCCCUGAAGAAGGAGCUGGGUCAUGGGCACGCUGCUGCUGUCCCCAUGGAGCUGCAUGUGCCGAUGAACACCAUGCAGUUGCUGACCGAUGAGUCUGCUGAUGAGGGGACAUCUACCCAGGGGCCAAAGGAAGGACCAGGCUCUGCCACCCAGUGUCAGCUGGAGUCAGCAGGGUUGAAACCAGAGGGGCUUGAAUCCUUCCGACCCCAGUGUGAUGAGGGCGGCAACUACCUGCCCCAGCAGUGCUUGGACGCCAAACGCCUCUGCUGGUGUGUGGAUGCCAGUGGGAAGCAGCUCUCUGGCACCCUAACCAAUGGACCAGCUAGGUGCGGCGCCACAUCUGCACUCAAUCAUGUGAUGGCCAUACAUGACGUGAUGCAGAGUGAUGAGUAAAAACCAUUGAGCUGUGAGGACCAGUAAAACUGUCCCAUUACACAUCAUAUCUACAUUUAAGCACUUCCAUUCGGAAUACCCUGAUUCUGUGGAAAUGUUAAAUAAUCCAGCACAGGGAUUUGGAAACUAACAAGUUCUCUUUUGUUGUAUUUUCUCUAUGGGUCUAUUUAAUUAACCUAUGAUAUUUUAUAUAAUAAGGCCAGGUGUACUAACUGCUGCUCACUGCUAACCAUUUAAAAAAAACGGAGAUUAGGCCAACCAAGAUGUGUAACUGUCAUUCUAGCUAAUAAAAUAAAGUCAAAAUAAAUGCCA